ACUUGUUCAUUCCUCUUUCAAGCCCUUUCUUUCUCUUCCAAGUUCAGGUGCCGGUCUCCUGACUUGUUUUUAUUUUAUUUACCUUUACACUCGACUAUCUCACGACACGUUCUCUUCUCUACUCACGACCCCCUACGCCUCCUUUUAAUCUUACUCGUUCACGACCUCAAAAAUGUACGCUCCCAAGGCCAUCAUUGCUCUCGCCGUCGCCGCCGCUGCUGCCCCCGCCCUCGCCCAGUCCUUUGGCGAGCCCCUUGCUGCCCGCGAUGAUCUCAUCCUUGCUGGCAUUGCCCGCGACGUCAACCUCGCCCGCUCUGUCGGUGAGGCCGUGGGCAUGAAGCGCUCCGAGGUGGAUAACAUCCUCGCUCGCGAGUUCCACCACAAGCACCACGGACGCAAGCACCACGGCCACAAGCACCACGGUGGCGUGCACCACGCUCGCGAGGAGAAGCACCACCAUGGACACAAGCACCACGCUCGCGGGGAGAACACCACACACCACAAGUCCGGCCACAAGCACCGCGGCCACAAGCACCACGGACACAAGCACCAUAAGGGCGCCAAGCCUGCCCACGCUGCUUCCCCCGCUGCUGCCCCCGCUGCUUCCCCCGCUGCGCGCGCACUUCUUGCCCGUCAGGCACAGGACGCAGAUGAUUCCGGCGCGUUCAGCUUCACCAAGUUCCUCGGUGGUCUCCUCCGUCGUGAAGACGUCGAGAUGCUCGCCCGCGCGGCGCCGACGGACGAUGAGUCCGGUGCAUUCAGCUUCACCAAGUUCCUCGGUGGCCUCCUCCGCCGUGAGGACAUCGAGAUGCUCGCCCGCGCGGACCCGUCGGAUCAACAGUCCGGCGCGUUCAACCUGCUUAAGACCCUCGGUAGCAUUCUUCGCCGCGAGGAUAUGGAGAUGCUCGCCCGCGCGGACCCGUCAGACCAACAGUCCGGCGCGUUCAACCUGCUUAAGACCCUCAGUAGCAUUCUUCGCCGCGAGGAUAUGGAGAUGCUCGCCCGCGCAGACCCUUCGGACGAGUCCGGCGCGUUCAGCUUCACCAAGUUCCUCGGUGGCCUCCUCCGCCGUGAGGACAUCGAGAUGCUCGCCCGUGCGGACCCGUCGGACCAACAGUCCGGCGCGUUCAACCUGCUUAAGACCCUCAGUAGCAUCCUUCGCCGCGAGGAUAUGGAGAUGCUCGCCCGUGCGGACCCUUCUGAUGAGUCCGGCGCGUUCAGCUUCACCAAGUUCCUCGGUGGUCUGCUUCGUCGUGAGGAUAUCGAGAUGCUCGCCCGCGCGGACCCGUCGGACCAACAGUCCGGCGCGUUCAACCUGCUUAAGACCCUCAGCAGCAUCCUCCGCCGCGAGGAGAUGGCUCGUAGCCUCAACGACCUUGACUAGGCUCUCUCAUGGCUAAUCGUACAAAUAUCAGAACGAGAUUGGUGUUUCCUGAGUCUUGAUCAUGACUGCUGCACAUAGUCGAUGUUGUACUCACUUUGGUGAAUGAAAUAAUGACUGGGCUCGCUGAGGAGCUCGCCCUUUAU